AGAGCGAGAGGGGGGCGGGAAGACGCGCAGGCGCAGCGGCAGAGAGAGCGAGCCAGCAAGAGCGCCUCCUCCUCUUCGUCCUCCCCUCGGCCGCCGCCUCCUCCUCCCGCUGUCUGUUCCCGCCCUCCCGCGCAGGCGCAGUCGCCCGCCCCGCUUGUGCGGGGUGGUGAGUGUGUGUGUGAGUGUGCGCGCGGUGUGCGAGAGAGAGAGGAGACAAGAUGGCGGCGGCGGUGGCGGGGCAGCCCGCCGCGUGAGGCGCUGAGGGGGUCGCCGCCGAGCCUGCCUCCCCGCCCCGCCCCGCCUCCUCCCCCGCAGCCGGGGCCGAGGACCAGCCAUGGCCGUCAACGGCGCGCAGUACAUAUUUGGGGAAUUCUCCGAUGACGAAUUCAAUCUAUUCUUUGUGACUCCUCGCUGCUUUGUUGAGUUGCCUCCCUACAAUGAAACCAUUUCAUGUGGCCUUAAGUCCACAGGAGAGCUUCACGAUGGGGAAGAGUAUCAGAGAAUUGAAUUUGGUGUUAAUGAGGUUAUUGAGACCGAUUCAUCUGUGCUGAACAAUAAUGACUACAGCAUUUCGAGUACUCUAAAUCCUCAGGCGCCUGAAUUCAUUCUUGGUUGUGCGCCUGCCCAGAAAACGCCCAACGAUGUCCUCAACGAAGCCAACUACAGCUCCAUUGACUGUCAGUUCGCCGAUUCUGCUCUUGCUUUGGAUAGUGGUUCUAAUGCAGAGAACGAUAGUUUACCUGGAAGUCUGGGGCAAAGGGAGCGCAAAAAGAAGAAGAAAAGACCCCCUGGAUAUUACAGUUAUUUGGAAGAUGCCAGCGAUGGGAUUGUUCCAUCUGAGGCUUUGGUAAACGGGCAUGCAAGUUCACCGGGACUUAACAGCAUAAGCACAGAGGAUGUGGAACUUUCAGGUGACCUGCCCUUGGUCACUCCGAGGACUUGUAACAGCCCCGACAACUCCGUGGACUUCACUAGUGAAGCUGUGUCUGACGAUUCAGUUUCUAGCACGCUAGAUGCUACCAGGACUGCAGGGCAGCCUGAAGUAUGCAGUGUUACUAAUUUGGAACAGUCUUGCGUCCCUUCCGAGGCGGGGAGGGAUAGCCCAUUAAGGACAGCUGUUGUCCAGCCUUAUGCUGGUACUGAUACUACUGAAAACCUUGGUGUUACUAAUGGACAAACACUUGAAUCCUCUAGUGAGGGCACAGCUGCCAAUGGGGUAGACUUGCACACUGUGGAAAGCACUGACUCAGACCAAGCUAAGCCCGAGGAUGCUUCGUCUACUACUGAGGCAGCCCCUCUUGUUUCAGGAUCAGUCACAGUUAAUCAGCCUGCGAAAUCGUGGGCCAGUCUCUUUCACAACUCCAAGCCCUCUGUUUCCACACCUAUGGCCUAUGUGGAGACUAAGUAUACCCCUCCUGCCACAUCUCCUGUGGUCCCUGAGAAACAGGUUGAAGUCAAAGAGGGGCCUGUUCCAGUUUCUGAGGAUCCUGUAGCCAUAAAGAUUGCAGAAUUGCUGGAAAAUGUAAAAUUAAUACAUAAGCCAGUAUCCUUGCAACCACGAGGACUGAUCAAUAAAGGAAACUGGUGUUAUAUCAACGCUACACUGCAAGCUUUGGUUGCUUGCCCUCCUAUGUAUCACCUAAUGAAGUCCAUUCCAAUGUAUUCGAAAUCACAGAGGCCGUGUACUUCGACACCAAUGAUAGACAGCUUUGUCCGCCUAAUGAAUGAGUUUACAAACAUGCCGGUGCCUCCGAAGGCAAAACAAGCAUUGGGUGAUAAAAUUGCAAGAGACAUCCGGCCUGGGGCUGCCUUUGAACCAACGUACAUCUAUAGAUUGCUGACAGUUAUCAAGUCAAGCCUGUCGGAAAAGGGCAGGCAAGAAGAUGCUGAAGAGUACCUGGGAUUUAUUCUAAAUGGCCUGCAUGAGGAAAUGCUGAUUUUGAAGAAAUUGCUAUCUCCUCACAGUGAAAAACUUGCAGUUUCCAACGGCCCAGAGACACAGCCUGUGAAUGAAGAGGAGGAACAAGAGGAGCAAGGCGGAGGCAGCGAGGACGAAUGGGAGCAAGUUGGACCACGCAACAAGUCCUCUGUUACUCGGCAGGCAGAUUUCAUCCAGACGCCCAUCACGGAUAUAUUUGGCGGCCACAUAAGGUCUGUCGUUUACCAACAGAGUUCAAAGGAGUCUGCAACUCUGCAGCCCUUUUUCACUCUGCAGUUGGAUAUCCAGUCUGAAAAGAUACGCACGGUCCAGGAUGCGCUGGAAAGCUUGGUGGCAAGAGAGUCUGUCCAGGGUUACACCACAAAAACCAAGCAGGAGGUGGAGAUCAGCCGCAGAGUAACGCUCGAAGAACUCCCUCCAGUUCUUGUCCUGCACCUCAAGCGAUUUGUCUAUGAGAAAACUGGGGGGUGCCAGAAACUCAUUAAAAAUAUUGAAUAUCCCGUUGACCUGGAAAUAAGUAAAGAGCUGCUGUCACCUGGGGUCAAAAGUAAGAUUUUUAAAGGCCAAAGAACCUACCGGCUCUUUGCAGUUGUUUACCAUCAUGGGAACAGCGCAACUGGUGGACAUUAUACAACCGACGUCUUCCAGAUCGGCCUCAACGGCUGGCUGCGCAUAGACGACCAGGCCGUCAAGGUGAUCACACAGUACCAGGUGGUGAAGCCGUCUGCUGAGCGCACAGCCUACCUCCUGUACUAUCGCCGAGUUGACCUGCUUUGAAGCCUCCCCUCCUUCUGCUGUUUGCCAGAUUUCCUGCUUUCUAGAACACCAAGUCUCUCUAACUCCUCCCUCCCCCACCCCAUGCUCUUCCGAGUGAAUCCUUCCCCCCUUCUCCACCCCCCCCCUUUACAACUAUGGAAUAGAGUGAAAGGAAAACUACCUUUUUGGGGUUUGUGAACCACCCAGUUGGUGUUGCUGACUUUGCCCAAUGAGGUGUUUGGGGUUUGAAAGACUGUCUCACGAAUCACACACAGAGUAUUUUUUGUGUUAAUGCUGAAUCCUAAGAGAUUGAAAAAAAAAGGGGGGUUGCAGCUGAUUCCCACUUUCUAAUUGCAUCGUAGAAUUUGCCCUGCACCAGCAACAGAACUUGUAGAUUUCUGUGAAAAUGUUUUAUCUUUACUUAAAUAAAAAACUUUUAAAAAAAAAUACUCUACAUCUUCCCCCAACACUAGUUUUUUUUAUAAAUGGUAAAAUAUGAGCCAGUGUCUUAUUAAGAAAAAAGUAUGUUCCUCCUUUAAAAAGAAAAAAAAUAACCUACCAAAAAAAAAGAGGCAUGAUAUACAGAGUUGCUGGUUCCUGGUAGGGAGAAAUACACAUUUUAAUAAUUGUGCGAUGAGAAACUGCUUAAGUACACAUUGCAGAUCAAAAUACUUGGAGUUAAGAUGUUAGUCUAUAUAGAUGGGUGAUUGUAACUUUAUUGCUAUUAAGAGAUUUCAAUACUGCAUUUAUGCUUCUGUGUACAUGGGAUUUUAAAACAAAAUGGGCAAAAUAAUGAAGGUUGAUAUUUCUUUUGGUCUGCUUUGUUUAAUUUUGCUGUCUGCUCUCCUAUAAUGUUGAGUUCCUAAGUGUACACAGUCUAGUGAUAUCUAGGAGUAUAAAGUUGUCGCCCAUCAAUAAAAAAAAGUCACAAAGUUGGUUUAAA